CCAGCUGCUUUCUCAUUUCUAUGAAAACUUGUAUCAAUAGAAAAGUCAAUACCAGUUCCAGUUAGCAUCAGUCAAGCAUAUUUAAAGAAGAGCUGUUAUUAUAACUUCCAACACACCUUCAUUAGGCAUAAAAAGACGGCUUAGAAAACAAAAGCAAAUUCUCGGUGAUUUAGAGCAAAAACGAUGAAGUAUAUCAAGUACAAGAUUUUGUUUGUCUGUUCAGUUCUAAUAUUUUUCAGCUUUUCAUUUGUCGUUACCAUACUUAACGAAUGGAGAAUCUCCAGGCACACCAAAACAACGGAUGAUUUUUACAACAAAUUAAUGGCAUCAAACAUUGUUUCAGGAACGACACUAUCAUCGCCAACGACAAGGCUACCAACAGCAAGGGAGGAAACAGCAGAACACAAGACAACGACAACAAGCAGAUCACCAACAUCGACUGCAUGGCCAACAACAAAUCAGGGAUUAACAACCACAAGUGUCAAUAAAUCACCGACAGAAAAACGAAAAUCAAAAACCCAACUUGCAACAACUACAUCUACAACAACUCAACCACAUACACUUUCUCAGAAAACCGCAACAACACAGUGGAAAAGGACAAGGCAAAGAAUCGAUAUUGCAACCACAAUAGCACAAGGAGAAUCAACAACACAAGAGCCAACGUCCAUGCAAGCCCUCUUAACAACACAACAAACUACGGCAACCCAAACCCGAAAUUCGACAAUGCAAGCAACGACAACGCAAGGUACGACUACACCAAAACAAACUUCGACAACACAAGCUAUGAUAAUGCAAGCUGCAACAACGCAAGCUACGACAGUCACCAUACAAACAAUCACUCCAUUUCACUCUACAUUGACUGAAAAUAAAACAACAGCAGAAUCAACAAUGACAACGAUGAAAUCUUCAGUAAUCACACCAGGCUUGUGGCAUCAGAAGUUCUAUGACCUUGGCUGUUACCUUUCAGAAGGUAAAACUUCGGAUUACCCAUACCUUGUCGUAAAUUUGCGUGAUGAUAUUGACUGGAACAAUAUGACAAAAACGGUGAUCGCUUGUGCUGAUUUCAUUAAGAAGCCAGAGACCAUCAAGCGUUAUGGAGAGCUAUUAAAGUUCUUUGCCAUCAAAUUCUAUGGUGAAUGCUGGGCUAAAAAUGAGUCUGCUGCACCCACUUAUUACUACAGAGGAAAAGACAACGGUUGUUAUGAGAAUACAGGAGAUCACGACACUGUUUAUGUCUACCAUUUUGGACCUUCAGAAAGACCUCCAGACAAAAACAUUGUUUCUGUUGGGUGUUAUGCUGAUGGAGCAUCACUACCAAUAAAACAUCUGAUUGGCAAUUUCAUAACAUCAGGAGCUACAAGCGAAUCAGACGGUACGCGUGUUGCAAGCGAUUGUUACAAGUUGGUUUGGGAACGAGGCUACAGCUUGUUUGGACUAAAGAAUAAAGGUGAAUGCUGGUCAGGCCCGGAUGCACACAUGACUUACAACAAUGACGGAGCUGCAACUGACUGUGUCCACGGCCUAGGCUCAGCAAACUCUUUCUCUGUUUAUAAACUAGAAUCGUAAGCAUAUACUUAUUACGAAAACUUUGUUAGCGAUUUAUCACUUUCAACAUUAAUGUAUAUCAACUCCCAGCGGCGGCGCAAGCUACUGCGGAAUGAAAGGGUGAUUUGCGUGAACCAUGAGGCCACUUCCUUUUGCCACUUUCAGUGCUUUAUGCCAGGUGUACUUUCCCAGGGAAAUCUUAAAAACAUGACCUACCCUUAUCUUAUGCAUUUUAUCAAUUUUUUAAGGAAUUGUGUAGACGAUGUUUUGUCAAGAGUGGGGAUGCUAGUUAUCCCUUUGCCAUCAUCCCUUGUACUGCCA